UCCCAUUAAUCUCAUUCCUUCAAUUCUCAAUUUUCCAUCUUUUCUUUCCCUUUUCCCUCAAGUUCUCACCGUUUUGUUCUCUUUAAUCCUUUCCUUCUCACUCUCUGGUUUCAACUUUCACCACGGUGGCGCCGCCGCAGCCCAGGGAUUCUACUGUUUCAGCUGUGAAGAGAAAAUGGAUGGCUCAGAAGGAAGCUCCGGCGCCGCUCCGCCGCCAUUUCUGACCAAAACAUAUGAGAUGGUGGAUGAUCCGAUGACCAAUUCCAUCGUAUCGUGGACUCAAAGUGGUUUCAGCUUUGUGGUUUGGAACCCACCGGAAUUCGCACAAGAAUUACUCCCAAUUUAUUUCAAACACAACAAUUUUUCUAGUUUUGUUCGACAAUUAAACACUUAUGGAUUUAGAAAAAUCGAUCGAGAACAAUGGGAAUUCGCCAACGAAGGGUUUAUAAGAGGAAGAACACAUCUUCUAAAAAGCAUCCAUAGACGAAAACCAAUCUACAGCCAUAGCCAGAGCCAUGGAAAUGGAGGAGCUCCAUUAUCAGAACAAGAAAGAGAAGAACUCGAGCAAAAAAUCAAAACCCUUUAUCAAGAAAAGGCCAUUCUCCAAUCCCAAUUACAGAAACACGAAAACGAAAAAGAACAAAUUGGGCUUCAAAUUCAGACAAUCUGUCAGCAAUUAUGGCAAAUGGGGAAUCAACAGAAGCAGCUAAUUGGAAUAUUGGGAGCAGAGUUGCAGAGGCAUGAGCAAAGCAAAAAGAGAAAAAUGGGGAAAGUGAAUGAGUUAUUGGUUGAAGAAUGGUCAGAAUUUAAGAGAGAUGAGAAGAAGGUAAAGGUUCCGCCAUUGGAGCUGAUGGAGAAACUGGAAUUAUCAUUGGGAUUGUGUGAGGAUUUGCUGUGUAAUGUGGCGAAGGUUUUGAAGGAAGGGGAGGGAAUGGAAGUGAAAAAAGGAGGGGAAAUGAGAAGUGGUGUGAACGAUAUGUUUUGGGAACAGUUCUUGACGGAAAUUCCAGGGUCCUCAAAUAUUAGUGAAGUUUAUUUAGAUAGAAGGAACAAUGUUGUAAGGUAGAUUAGUUGUUUGUAAAUGAUUCACUCUUGUUUUUUGAAUUAGAAUUUUAGUUUUAGAGAUGGUUGAUUACUAGGCAUUUUUUAACAUUUAUGUUUGUGUCUAUUUGGUCAAUUAAAAAUAUUUAAUAGAUUUCUAAGUUUUUAAUCCUGUCUAAAAAAUUUUGG